AUGGGCACACGCACUCCUGGGCGCACAGAGAACAGGGCAUCUGCCAUGGAGCAGUGGUUAGCUGAGUUCGGGGUAGGGCCCAGAAACCAGCCAGGUUGGUGGCAGAACCCAGCACUUCAGAGCCACCGUGCACAAACCUCGGGAGAGAAGGCAGAAGCAGCUGUAACUCCAAAGGCAGCCCGAGGCUGGCUAAAACUGUUCCUGGUGUGGAAACCGAGGCCCUUGAGUACCCAGGCCCAGCCCAGCCUUGCUCAGGGAGCAGCUUGGCCUGGGGACUGCAUGUCACAGCCAUCGCAGAAUCCAGCCAAGCCACCACCUCUGCCGCCCCCGCCCGAGGGAGGCCAGUCUCCCCUGACCGACAUCACCUUCUUGAAGGUGCUCCUCUGGUUGGUCCUGCUGGGACUGUUUGUGGAACUGGAAUUUGGCCUGGCCUAUUUUGUCCUGUCCCUCUUCUACUGGAGGCAUGUGGGGGAAACGAGGCCCCGAGGAGAAGACAGAGGGGGGAAGAGCGGGUACUCCGUGUUCAACCCGGGCUGUGAGGCCAUCCAGGGCACCCUGAUUGCCCAGCAGCUGGAAUGCGAGCUGCACCUGAGACCCCUGCAGGGGAGAUAG